AUGUUUGUUUUAUCUUUGUUCUCGAUUUCUCUUUCUUUGUUUCUUAUUAUCCACACUGAUUGUUUCUUUUUUUUCUUUUUCUCUUUUUCUUCUAUUUUCUUUCCCUUUUUCAUUUUCUUUCAUAUCUUCUUUUUAUUAGUCGCCUUCUUUUACUCUCUGCUACACUUCAUUUCUUUUUAUUUCUUUUUCUUUAUUUAUUCUGUUACGAUCGACCACUUCGAGCAGAGUGUAAUCUGCCGGAAAUGUCAGCAUGGCCGAUUACCUGUCUUUCGGCUACCUGCAUCGCGUAUGUUUCUUUCUUUCUUUCUUUCCUUUUUUCUUUCAUUUCUUUCUUUCUUUCAUUUCUUUCUUUCUUUAUGUAUUUCUUUCUUUAUGUAUGUCUUUCUUUCUGAUGUAAGAAGAAAAUUAAGUACAAGACACAAGGAAAGAAAUACGGUCAGUCGUCUCAGUUUCUUGCUCACCCCGGCUGCCCUUAGAAACACCGUUAAGAACGUUUUUCUCCCGAACUCCCAGUUGCAAUCUCGUUCGUUCUUUUAUUCUCUCGAAAAGUACUCGAUCCGUUGCCCUAAGGAUUUUCUUUUGCUUUCUGGCUCCGUUUCUUUCUGCCUUUCUCGCUUAUAUUUGUUCAUUUGUCAUUUUUUAAGUUGUCUAUCAAUGAUUCCUUCUUUCCAUUUUUUCGAUUCUUCUUUCUUUGUUGUCCUUUCACUUUCCUUCUUUCUUUUCCGCUUACAAAAUUUUUUCUUUCUUUCUUUCUUUCAAUUUUUUAAGAUGUCAUCUUUAAAGUCGUCUAUUAAUCCUUCUUUCUAUUCCUUUGUUUCUUUUCAUUUGUUUCUCUUUCUCUUUCUUUCGUUCUUUCUUUCUUUCUUUCUUUCUUUCUCGCUUAAAAACUUUCUUCUUUUCAUUUAUUUUGAUUCUUCUCAUCCUUCUUACUUUUUCCAUUUUUCUUUUAGUCAGCAUGUCAUCGUCAGACAGAAAACACGACAUGAUUGUGAUACUUCUUCUUCUUCUUCUUCUUCUUCUUCUUCUUCUUCUUCUUCUUCUUCUUCUUCUUCUUCUUCACCACUCUCUCUCUCUUUCUCUCUCUCUCUAUCUAUCUAUCUAUCUAUCUAUCUAUAUAUAUAUAUAUAUAUAUAA